GAGCUCGAACGAAGGGGGGCUUUUAUUUUGAAGGCUCGUGUCCGCGGCCAUCCGGUGCCGCGUGCCUGCGCCGCGCCGCCAGACGCGCCUUCCUCCUCUGGCUGAUAAAGGAUCGCGGCCCGGCAGCAGCAGUCAUGGAGGAGCUGAGCGCCGUGGGGGAGCAGGUCUUUGACGCGGAAUGCAUCCUGAACAAGCGGCAGAAGAAGGGAAAGUUGGAGUUUCUGGUGAAGUGGAGGGGGUGGUCGUCCAAACACAACAGCUGGGAGCCUCAAGACAACAUUCUGGACCCCCGGCUGCUCGCCGCCUUCAACAAGAAAGAGCAAGAAAAGGAGCUCCUGAUGCUGAAGAAAGGGAAGCGGCCAAGAGGACGACCGCGGAAAAUCCUGGAUAACGUGGCCGACGCCCAGAAGUCAGGCAGCUCUUCGUCCGGCUCCUCGUCGUCUGCCGACUCCUCCUCCUCGUGCUCCUCCUCUUCGUCCUCGUCGGAUGACGACGAGGACGAAGAGGACGCCGCCGGCGGUAGUUGCGUCAAGCCGGCGCCGCCGGGACUCCGGACGCGAGACCUGCACCCAGUGCCCCAGAAGAAGGCGCAGAUCGUCGUCGCCAAACCAGAGCCGCCGAAGAAGCGUAGCCGCAAACCGCCGUCGCCCGACGCCCAGGACUUCCAGCUCCUCAAGGAGCCCCGCAAGAUCCUCAAGGCGCCCAAGGACUCCGAUGUUCCCGGCGCCAUCAAGAAGCCCGUUCACCCGGCGAGCUUCACCUUCAUGGGCUUCCACCGGGGCUCGCCGAGGGACUCCGCGGCGGCCACCGGUCCCAGCCGGGCUCCUCUGGCUCAGGGAGGGGCCGUCAAGAACUCGGCGGGACCCGGCAGGUCGGUGCCGCCCGCCUCCCGGAGCGUCGGCGCGGGCAGACCGGCCGUCUCCGGCGGCACGAGUCUGGAUUUGAAAUCGGCCGCCAGUAAAUCCAAAGGGGUGGCGGCGUUGACUUUGAACAGCCCUAAGCAUCUCCACGGUACCGCUCGGCAUCCUCCCGGCUCCCCCGCCGGGCCGCCGUCCACGCCGCAGAGGAUACCCAAUAAUAAAGUGUCGCCGCCUAAAAGCGCCCCCGGCGCCCGGAGCCCCGGCGCCCAGCCGCUGAACCUCCAGAGCAAGCGGGCGCAGGGCGGCGACGCUCCCGGCAACGCGGCGGCGGCCCCGAGGAACGCGGGGCCGCCGAGGAAACCCGCCGUCUCGCAGAACCAGGAGUUUAAUCCCGCCAAGAGUCCGCCGGCGCCCCCCGGGCGGCUCCAGACCAGGAAGAGCCAGCAGCCCUGCGCGGCAGACAACUUCAAAGAGGCGACCGAGAUCCAGACCCCCAGGGUCCAGAACCAGCCGGAGAAGACCAGCGGCGUGCCGAAGCCGUCCGCCGAGGUUCAGGGGCGGCACGAGAGGUCGGGCGGUGGCGGCGGCGGCAAGAAAGCCAAAAUGAACGACAUGAGCACCGGCGAGGAGGAGAGCUGCUCCGACUCGGACCAGGACUCCCCGAACUACGUGGAGGAGGUGCCGCCGGUCGCCGCCCAGAACCAGAACCAGGACUGGAAGCCGACGCGGAGUCUCAUCGAACACGUGUUCGUCACGGACGUCACCGCCAACCUGGUCACGGUCACGGUGAAGGAGUCGCCGACCAGCGUCGGAUUCUUCAGCCUCCGCAACUACUGACGGGCCGGAGGGGCGCGGCUCUCCUUCUUCUGAAGACCCGGUUCAGGGUUGAAAGGAGGAAAGAAAGAGAGAGAACGAGAAGGACGAGAAGGACGUCAGGCGGCGAUUGUGUUUUUUUAUUUAUUUUCGUGUCUACAAAUUGUUCCGAGAAAACCGAAGAAAGAAAAAAAAAACGUUCCACGUGAAACUACCGGAAUCCUGGAGAUAAAAAUAAGUUAUUCCUCGAUUUUUUUAAGUGUGGGAGGAGCUCCGGCGCCCGACGUCCACGGGAGGAGGCGUGUCUUCUUUCUACGGGCAGCAGACUAUUUAGCUCUUUUCAAUCACUAGCUAACGUCAACCAGUUUUUUAACUCUUUAGCAUAGCGACGUUUCUCCUUUUUAACAUUUCAUAAGUUAGCUACCUCCUCUUACCUCCUGUUCUCAGUUUGCUGCAUUUGUGUAAUAUUUUCUCGUGGGAAACCGUUUUCCCUCCAGGGUAUCACUGUCGUUAUGAUUGUUUCUUAUAUAUCUAGAUAUAUAUUUCUUUUAUUUUUAUGUAUGUGUGUAUAUAUAUAUACACAUGUAUGUGUGUAUAUAUAUAAUAUACUUUUACCCCGUGGCACGGAAAUUAAGCUGCAAUUCUUAUAUAUGUAUGUGUAUAUAUAUAUAAAAGGAAGUUAAGCUGCAAUUUUUUAAAUGAAAUUGCACCGGAAAUUAAGCUGAUAGAUAUAUAUAAAAUUGCAGCUUAACCCCGUGACACGGAAAUAAAUUAAGCUGCAAUUUGUGUGUGUAUAUAUAUAAAUUGCAGCUUAAUUUCCGUGUCACGGGGUUAAGGAAACAGCGGCGCUCCGUUAUCGCCCCAAAGUUUCGUUCCGCGGCGGCGGUGUUUUAUCGGCCUGGCGUUCGUCCAAUCGGGCGGGGAGUCAGAUUACGGUGUCUCUGCUCCGCCCCCAGUGUCUUCAGAUAAGACUCAGCCUGAAGGUUGUUUGCUCUUCCUCCUCCGCGUCGGUCGGUCCUUCGUCUUCCCGGCUCUAAUCUUCAUGGACUUGUAAUUAAUAUGAAGAAGAAGAAAAAACGUGCUCGCGUUGACGAAAACCCCGACCGGGCGCCAUCGAGUCGGUCGCCGCCGGUGUUGAAACGCCACGUUUGGUUGUUUUGCUAAGAUAAGACUCGGCCUGAAGGUUGUUGUUGUUGUUGUUGCUCCUCCUGCUCCGGGUCCGGACUAGUAAUGAAUAUGGAGAAGAAAAAGAUCGGGGGGGAGAAACGUGACAUGAGGGAAGCCACCGGGUGUUAUCGAGUCGGUUGCUGCACAAUUGGUGGUUGUUGUUGUUGUUGUUGGGUUUAGGGGCUUCCCGGAAAAAAUACUGAAAGAUAUCCGAUGUAACGGGAAAAAUAAGAAACCACAACAACGCUACUUCCUGUCCCUGGAGGGAAGUUUACGGCAACAAAGCGCUUGGACUGAACUCUCUCUCUCAAAACAAAGGUGUGAGUUCUCAGAUUACAGGUGAACGGUUUCUUCCGGGCGCUCCGUCGUUAGCCGGUGGCGCCGUGGCGCCGCGCGGUCGUGUCGAUGAACAUUUAGUUUUUUACUCUUUUAAAAAAAUAAAAUUAUUGUAUGUUUUUCCUGAAUUAAGAACAAACUUGGCAUAAAUGUUUUUGUUAUUGUUGUUUUUUUACUAACCAUCUCGAUGAAAUGUUGUUUUUCUUUACAUCUAUUUAUUUCCACUGCAGCAGUGACCCUCGUGAGGUCGACGAAUAAAUAAGACGACCGUCCGUCUGACUCCU